AUGGGAUACCUCUCGAUGUUUUCCAAUUUCCGCAAAUCCAACAUGUUCAACCUCGUCUUCCGGUCGCUCCAAUUCAUCGACGCCCUCGUCGUGAUUGGCAUGUACGCCGUGGAUCUCAACAACGCGAACAAGGAGGACAAGUACGCGGACUCCAAAUGGGUCUUUGCUGUGACGGUGGGCUCGCUGGCGGCCGUGACGUCGCUGUGCUUCUCGCUGGCCAGCAUCUUUUGGCAGUACCGCACCGUCGCUCUGCAGUUCGCGUGGGACUGGGUUCUGACUAUCCUCUUCGCGACCUUGUCGGGCAUCUUUGGCUCCAUGUACAUUGGCGAGAGGGUCGAGUAUGAGAGCGGCAUCCACCGCAUGAAAGUCGCCGUCGGCUUUGACUUGACGGGGCUGGUCCUGUGGUUCAUCACGGCGGCGUUUGGCACGUGGUGGUUUUUCGCCGAGAGGAACCAGGUCAGACGGGAUCGUGGCACCAAGGCUUGA